UUUUAACAAACAGUAACCAUUAUUGAUAUAAAUAAAAACUAAUUAACUUCGUUGUAGUCAUGUUUCAAAUUACUUAGAGUAGUGCUAGACCAAAAAUUCUCUUUCUGUUUUCAUGUUCUCACAAUGUCAGAGGCAGCUUCAAAAUUGAUUUCAAAUACUAUGCUUCUAUUUAGUUCUUGCCUAGGACUAAAAACGACUCCACGUAGCAUGGGGUACGCAAGGUGUGCCUUCAAAUUAUAUACUGUUUCCAGCGUCAUCGGUACUUUUUCUGCGCUGUUUUCUUCACCAGUGCUGAAUGAUUUAGAUGAGACAAUAUGGGUGUGGUGCUACUGCUUGGGUAUUCCUUUACUCGCUUGUGACCUCUGCGUGCUGUCGGAAUACGCCCCAGACCCAGCCCCCUUACACUUGGCAAUUCCGUUAUAUACACUCGUAUCGUAUCAUUACUUUCCUGAACAUGUUGAUCCUUUGUUACUGUCAAUAUCACAUUCGAUAAGUAUCUUGUUCUUGUCAGUGUGUUCAGCUUGUGAAGGCCAUCUCUGCGGAUACGCACUCGCUUUCCUUCAUUUCUUUACAAUGUGGAGAAUGGACAGUGAUGAAAAAGCACAUAUUGAUUGGACUACACACAUGACGAUGUCGAAUUUUCUUGCCCUGAACGUGAUAGAAUGGAUAAUAGAAGAAAAAAGAGAAUAAACUAAAAAAAAAAUAUCUUCAGAAUAAAAAAGAUCAAAACAACCAUAAAUAAAAAAUAU